AUGGAACCAGAACACCUACCUAGCUGCCUCGAGCUAGAGACGAAGAUCCACGAAUGCCUCGAGCAGCGACGACGCGUCUACCACCAUAAGCUAGCCAUCACAGUCAGAUGGGAGGAUGACAAAACAAAUGCGAUAGAGGAUUUCUCUCAUUUCAAAGAGUUUGCUACAACACUGGGUAUCAAAGAUGUGCAUGAGUGCCGGAUUUCGGGGACGGACAUCGUCCCAAGCAUAUAUGUUGAGGAGGCGCUGGCAAGCUAUAUGAAGAGUGGAUUUGAAGCUCAACAAAACGGAUCGUACCUUGUUAUCAUUCACUAUGCUGGCUGUGGAGACACUGAUCCAGAACGUGGUCAAUUUUUCUGCCCUACCGAAGGCUCUCGGCGCCGGUUCUACCUUCGAUCCCUCCUACACCAUGUCUCUACCUUCGCCGAAAUCGAUGGGCCGGCUGUUGACCUUGUUUUGAUCAUUGAUUCAAGUUAUUUUGCAACUACUCUUCCAGCUAUCCAGCCAAAGUCGAGCCAAACAAUAGAACUCCUUGCCGCCGUUGCUAGUGACGAGAAUGGAUUUCCUAAAAGAUCAGCUGCUACCACCAACACAUUCACUUCAAGGAUAGCUAAAGUCCUAGCUCAAUGGAAAGAAAAUUGUCUAAGAGAUAUGAAUUUCGCUACCCUACUCGCUGUGGCACAAGAAGAUGAGGCCAUACUCCGCCCCGUGCAUAAGUUCCUUGCUGGGCGUUUACCUGUCAAGACUGGCAUUCCCCCAUACGAGAAUAAUCUACCAAUAUGUUAUCGUGAGCCCCGGCCGGAACCGGUUCCCGGACAGAGGGAUGUCCUUAUGGCUUGCAGCGUGGUUGAUGGCACAGGCUUAGUUAAUGUAAGAAGGCUGAGUCAAUGGGUAGAGAGCCUCGAUCCGUGUAUUGGCGUGCACGUUGACAGGGUAUAUAAGUGCGUUGGCAACAUUGACUCGAUUGGCAUGCUCUUACGAGUGCCAUUCCACGUCUUCUGCACGUUAGAGCCUCUGCCUAAAGUCAAAAUGAUUACUCGAAAACUUCUUCGGUAUCAAGGCUACAUGCCAAUCCGCUCUCCACUUUCAGAUGCGGUGGAAGUUGGUCCUGAAGCUCCUACGUCAGGUUCAACAACACCGAUCAACACUCCGGAUGAAACUAGCUGUUAUGAUGAUAGUUGUGGCAGUUAA